CAUAACUCAUUGUUGUGACAUAUUUUCCCAUUUCAGACAUAUUUGAGCUGCUCCUUGGCGUUGCACAGGGAAUGGCCGCCUCGUAAUCUUGAUAGUGCACUCCGAACGGUAGCUGCUGUUUGUAAUCUUAUUGAUAAUUAAAUAUUGUUUGUGUUUGUGUUGAUUUGUUUUUCUUCCACUUCCGUUUACGAAUUAUCGGAUAGUUUGACAGCGUUCUUGAACAGAAUCCAACAUGUAUCAAACCAGAGUGUUGCCUAGCAACACGGGUUAUUCUAAGGACUCGGCAAUGAUGUGGCAACAAGGUGGACAAUACCUACCGGAGUCCGGAAUCCAUUCCGGGGGUACUACCCAGGCACAUUCCAUUACCGAUAAAGAAGACGAUUUGGAAAGAGAUCAAUUAAUCUAUGAACUCAAUCAAGGGUUUUCGCACGGUUUCACUCAAGAUCAAGUCGAUGAUAUGAACCAACAACUUAGUCAAUCUCGAACGCAACGAGUGCGAGCUGCAAUGUUUCCGGAAACGCUGGAAGAAGGUAUUGAAAUACCAUCCACACAAUUUAAUCAAGGACAACUGACAGCUGUCCAACGAUUAGCCGAACCAAGUCAAAUGCUUAAGCACGCUGUGGUUAACCUAAUUAAUUAUCAGGACGAUGCCGAUUUAGCUACUAGAGCUAUUCCAGAAUUAAUAAAAUUAUUAAACGACGAAGACCAAGUUGUUGUAUCGCAAGCUGCUAUGAUGGUUCAUCAAUUAUCAAAAAAAGAAGCGUCACGGCAUGCGAUAAUGAACAGCCCUCAGAUGGUUGCUGCGUUAGUGAAAGCCUUAACAAACAGUAAUGAUUUGGAAAUGACAAAAGGGGCUGUCGGUACUUUACAUAAUUUAUCGCAUCAUCGUCAAGGACUUUUAGCCAUAUUUAAAAGUGGCGGAAUUCCAGCUCUUGUUAAAUUACUCAGUUCCCCCGUCGAAUCGAUUUUGUACUAUGCGAUAACGACUUUGCACAACCUUCUGCUUCAUCAAGAGGGGUCAAAAAUGGCUGUACGUCUCGCCGGAGGCUUACAGAAAAUGGUUGCCCUUUUGCAGCGUAACAAUGUUAAAUUUUUAACAAUCAUAACUGACUGCCUACAAAUAUUGGCCUACGGAAAUCAAGAGAGCAAAUUAAUCAUUCUAGCGUCUCAAGGGCCUAUCGAACUUGUUCGUAUUAUGCGUUCUUAUGACUACGAGAAGCUCUUAUGGACGACGUCUAGAGUUCUGAAAGUAUUAUCCGUAUGUUCAAGUAACAAACCUGCUAUCGUCGAAGCUGGUGGUAUGCAAGCUUUAGCAAUGCACUUACAACACGGUAGUCAGCGGCUGGUACAAAACGCUUUGUGGACGUUGCGUAAUUUAUCCGAUGCUGGAACUAAGGUUGAUGGUUUGGAACAACUAUUGCAAUCAUUGGUAAUCGCUUUGAAUCAUUCUGAUGUCAACGUAGUCACUUGUGCCGCCGGAAUAUUGUCAAACCUGACUUGUAACAACCAGCGAAAUAAAGUCACUGUCGUUCAAGUGGGCGGUGUUGAAGCGUUAGUUCAAACGAUAAUGAAUGCUGGAGAUCGUGAAGAAAUUACCGAGCCAGCAGUUUGCGCUCUAAGACACUUGACGUCCAGACACGUUGAAUCGGACAGUGCUCAAAAUGCUAUUCGCCAUAUCGGUGGCAUUCAGGUCAUAGUAAAACUAUUGCAACAACCCCCGUCUCGUUGGCCACUCGUCAAAGCAGCUAUAGGGCUCAUUAGGAACAUAGCUCAGUGUCAGGGUAACCAUGUGCCACUCAGAGACCAUGGAGCCAUUCAUCACCUAAUUCGCUUGUUAAUGAGAGCAUUCCAAGACAUCCAAAGAACAUCUACGACAAGCAGUGUCGCCGGAUCAGGUCGAUCUCAGUCCGGUGGUGUAUACGCCGACGGUGUCCGCAUGGAAGAAAUUGUCGAAGGUACUACGGGAGCACUACAUAUUCUCGCACGAGAGUCGCACAACAGAGUACUAAUGCGCUCUCAACAAGGGCUAAUCGCUGUACUCGUACAAUUGCUCUUCAACGACAUUGAAAACGUCCAAAGAGUUGCCGCGGGAGCUUUAUGCGAGUUAGCUAUAGAUAAAGAAGGUGCUGACAUGAUAGAAGCCGAAGGCGCCACUGCACCGUUAACAGAAUUAUUACAUUCCCGUAAUGAAGGAGUUGCGACGUAUGCAGCAGCAGUUCUGUUUAGAAUGUCUGAAGAUAAACCCAAUGAUUAUAAAAAAAGGUUAUCGGCCGAAUUAAGUAAUUCUCUGUGCCGAGAAGAUCAAAAUACGUGGCCACCCAACGACCUUGGUAUGGGACCCGAUCUUCAGGAUGCAUAUGACUUAUACGGUCAUGGACUUGGUAGCAUACAUAAUGGAGUUGGACCUACAAGACAUAACAACUACCAUCAACAGUCAGGGUAUGACACGUUACCAAUAGACUCUAUGCAAGGCUUAGAAAUAUGUUCCCAACAAGAAUCCAACUGCAGUCCAAUGGAUGUUGGAAAUCCUAACGAUAUCGAUUUUGGACGUUUGGGCGAUUUACCCGAACCUCCUCACGACAACAACCAAGUGGCAGCUUGGUACGACACCGACCUAUAAUUUUUCUCUUAAGUUAUCAUAUUCUUUUAAUUUAAUAAUGUGAGUAUUAAGUGCGAGUUUAAUGUGAUUGGAUAUCAAAUUUUUAUAAUCUAAAUUUAAACACAACAAAAACAUUUUACUCGUACGUAGUAUACCAACAACUGUAUAGUGAAUAGAGAUUAGAUUAAUUAAUUGUGACGAUUAUAGCUUUAUAACUAUUAUUAUAGCAUUAUUUGUAGUUAACGUUUAUAUUAACUAUAUUGAUAAAAAAUGAUGUACAUACCAUAACAGUUUACGUUACAGUAACGACUUGAUUUCAUUUGAAUUCUUUAUAAAUUAUAAUAAUGCAUUAUAAUACAUUUUUGUAAUAUUCCUAGCUUUAUAAAUUGUUUCAAAACAUUU